AUGGCGGGGUACAAAAACAACCCAAUCCACAGCAUCCCGGAAGAAGAAUGUCUUCUGGGAGAAAGACCCGAUGCACCACUUCUCAAAUCAAUCUCCCCCAAAGCGAAAGCCUUCCGCAUCGUUGCCCUCCUAACAGCUCUCAUCAGUGCUAUAGCUCUAGCACUCACCCUAAAAAACGGGUACGAGUCCUCAUCUAUGCUUGAAUCUGUACCUGCAUCUGUGUCUAGGAAUGGAAAACCUGACCAACCACCGGUUGCGUCGUAUAGGUCCCGCAAACAAGUGACACACCCCCCACGCCCUUGCAACAGUAUCCAGGACGGAUAUCAAUGUUUCGCAGAUCUCUCUCACAGCUGGGGCCAGUACUCGCCCUACUUCUCACUGGCCGACAAUGAUUUGAGCUCUACUUCUCGUUCUAGCUCUAUUUCAAGCAUCUCGGACGCAGUUCCACAGCAAUGCAACAUCACAUUUGUACAGGUUCUAUCCCGCCACGGCGCCAGAUACCCAACUGCAUCCAAGAGCGAGAAAUACGCACAGCUCAUCCAGGACAUCCAAGCAAAUGCCACCGCCUACAAAGGAAAAGCCUCAUUCCUAAAAACAUACAACUACACACUUGGAAGCGACGAUCUGACCACCUUCGGCGAGAUCCAAAUGGUAAACUCCGGAAUCAAAUUCUAUUCUCGCUACGAGUCUCUAUCCCGAAACAACAUUCCAUUCAUUCGAGCCUCUGGAUCUUCCCGCGUCGUUGAAUCAGGCCAGUUCUUCAUUGAAGGAUUUCAAAAAAGCAAAAAGCACGAUAAAAACGCUUUAUCUCAAUCUUCGCCGAAAAUCAAUGUGGUUAUCUCCGAAGACACAGGUUCAAACAACACAUUGAAUCACAAUACAUGUCCUGCUUUCGAGAAAAGUUCUCUCGGCGAUAAAGUUGAAGAUAACUAUACCGCUAUCUUUGUACCGGCUAUUCAAUCUCGUCUUCAGUCCCUUCUCCCAGGAACAUCUCUCUCAUUGGAUGAUGUUACAUAUCUGAUGGAUCUGUGCGCGUUUAACACCGUCUCCGAUACACCGGAUGGUUCGACAAAGUCUGCGUUCUGUGCGCUCUUCACAGCAUUAGAGUGGAAAGAAUACAGCUACUACCAAUCUCUCUCAAAGUACUAUGGGUACGGUGCUGGGAAUCCCCUUGGACCUACACAAGGCGUGGGAUUUGUCAACGAGCUCAUUGCACGAAUGACACAUACCCCUGUUAGAGACCAUACGACGACGAAUCGGACUUUGGAUUCGAAACGCUCUACUUUCCCUCUUGACAAGGCUAUCUAUGCGGACUUCACGCAUGAUAACGGGCUUAUAUCUAUUUAUUUUGCGUUGGGACUGUAUAACGGGACGGCGCCUUUGCCGAAGAAUCACGUACAGUCUUUUGAGAGGGCGGAUGGAUAUUCUGCUUCUUGGACUGUGCCGUUUGGUGCCAGGGCAUAUUUUGAGAUGAUGGAUUGUGGUGGUGAGCAGCCUUUGGUCAGGAUUUUGGUUAAUGACCGGGUUGUUCCGUUGAGUGGGUGUGAUGUUGAUGAGGUGGGGAGGUGUAAACGAGAUGAUUUUGUUAGGGCGUUGAGUUUUGCGAGAGAGGGUGGGAGGUGGGAGGAUUGUUAUGUAUGA